CAGCUUAGUGCAUAGGCAGCUGCACCCAGUUGCUUAACGUGACAGCCUUUCGCGGCAUCACUCCGACGGUCCGACUCCAACCAUGUCGUCGUCCUCACCGGCGGCGUCGGACGUUCCAGGCUCGGCGCCGGCGCCGCAAGUCGUCGAGGACUGCCUCGGCAUCGUGCAGCUGCUCAGCGACGGCACGGUGAGGCGCUCCGCGGACUACUCCGCGCUCCCUCGCAAGGGCGGCGUGCCGUCGGGCCUGCCCGUCCAGUGGAAGGACGUCGUGUACGAUGCCACGCACGCCCUCCGGCUCCGCAUGUACAGGCCCACCGGCGGUCAAGACGGCGCCACCAUCGGCGGCGGCAAGAAGCUGCCGGUGCUCGUGUACUUCCACGGUGGCGGCUUCUGCAUCGCCAGCUUCGAACUGCCCAACUUCCACGCCGGCGCGCUCCGGCUCACGGCCGAGCUCCCGGCACUCGUGCUCUCCACCGACUACCGCCUCGCGCCCGAGCACCGCCUUCCCGCGGCGCACGACGACGCGGAGGCCGUCUUCUCGUGGCUGCGCGCCCAGGCCGCGUCAGCGGCGGCCGACCCGUGGCUUGCCGAGUCGGCCGACUUCGACCGUGUGUUCGUCUGCGGCGACUCGGCCGGCGGCAACAUUUCGCACCACAUCGCCGUGCGGCACGGCUCGGGCCAGCUCGCGCUCGACCCCCUCCGGCUUGCUGGGUGCGUGAUGCUGUGGCCGUACUUCGGCGGCGAGGAGCGGAUGCCAUCCGAGGCGGCGUGCCCCGCCAACUACGUCAUGGGCACGGCGCUGUUCGACCAGAUGUGGCGCCUGGCGCUGCCGGCCGGCGCGACCAGGGACCACCCGGCCGCGAACCCGUUCGGGCCGGGGAGCGUCCCGCUGGACACGGUCAACGCCUUCCCGCCGGUGCUCAUCGUGGACCCCGAACACGAUGCGCUUCACGACCGCGUGGCGGACUACGUCGCGAGGCUGAAGGCCGCGGGGAAGCCGCUCGAGCUCGUCGUGUUCGCAGGGCAGGGACAUGGGUUCUUCGUCAUGGAUCCGUGCGGUGAGGCUUCGGACGAGUUGAUACGGGUCAUUAGGCGGUUUGUGCACGGUGGUUAAUUUGUCUGGCUUAGACUACCUAAAUCAUGGAGUGAAUCAGAAAUAGGCUGUGCCUUGUAAAUUAUGGAUUUCUGAAGAAUUUCCAAUAAAUCAAACAAGAGCAGUGAUAUGUUUGAUCUA